UAAAAUGGUGUUUACCUGAAUUAACCGUCGAUCUUUAUUUCAUGAAGUCUCGUUGGUCUCCUCCUGUACAAACAGCGGUGUAUUUGAAGUUAACUGACUGAACUGAUCACGUGCGACGUGCGCGUGCCCGUGUCGUUAACGAACGCGACCACUAGCGCAUUUUGAGCGGCCGAUACUCUCGCGCGAGGCUUGUGUAUUUGAAGUUAACUGACUGAACUGACCACGUGCGCGUGCCCGUGUCGUUAACGAACGCGACCACUAGCGCAUUUUGAGCGGCCGAUACUCUCGCGCGAGGCUUGUGUAUUUGAAGUUAACUGACUGAACUGAUCACGUGCGACGUGCGCGUGCCCGUGUCGUUAACGAACGCGACCACUAGCGCAUUUUGAGCGGCCGAUACUCUCGCGCGAGGCUUGUGGAACUGAAUGGAGCAAACGGCGAGGGUAUAAAAAGUUGUGAAGCGUUCAAUAUGUAAAUGAGAUAUUUUUUAAUGAAGGCUUUCUGAAAAGGGUCUUCAUUUCCAAGGACCUUUGACGAGAGAGAACCGGAGCAUUGGAAGUCCUCUAAAAUGGAUAUCUGGUGUAAUCUGUCAUCUUAGAAACCUCGCGCUCGCUCGCAGCCGUUCUCCGGCUCUCAUCAUCCAGCCCCCCGAGGACAGAGCUGUUUCUCAUCGUCCGGCUGUGGUUCAUCUCGAGGACGGGCAUGGAGCACAGUCACAUCUUCACCGUUCUGUCUCCUAACUCCACUUCCCAUAGUCCUCGCGGUUGUCCUCUCGGACAGUUGCCUGUCAUCUACUACAGUUCACUGCUCUGCCUUGGCCUGCCUGCAAACAUCUUGACGGUGAUCAUCCUUUCCCAGCUGGUGCUGCGACGACAAAAAUCAUCCUACAACUACCUACUGGCCCUGGCUAUAGCUGACAUACUGGUCCUGAUACUCAUCGUGUUUGUGGACUUUCUGUUGGAGGACUUCAUUUUAGGUGCUCCUCUGCCUCACUCCCUCAACAAGGCUGUGCAGGUCCUGGAGUUCUCCUCCAUCCACACUUCCAUCUGGAUCACGGUGCCCCUGACCAUAGACAGAUACAUCGCUGUGUGCCAUCCACUACGCUACCACACCGUCUCGUACCCAGCCCGAACUCGCAAAGUCAUCCUGGCCGUGUACGUUGGGUGUCUGAUCAGCAGUACUCCAUACUACUGGUGGCCAGAGCUGUGGCACGGGCUGCCAGGAGCCAGCGGUGGCGGGCGGAGCAGCGCCGGGCAACAUGUGCUUGUGUGGGUCCACUGCGCCACGGUCUAUCUGCUCCCCUGCUCUGUAUUCUUCUCACUCAACGCCAUCAUCGUACGGAAGCUUCGUUGCCGGCGUAGCUGCUUCCGUCUGCGUGGCUACUCCACUGGAAAGACGACAGCAAUCCUGCUGGCGAUCACCUCUGUGUUUGCCGUACUGUGGGCGCCACGCACUCUCAUGAUCCUCUAUCACCUGUACACGAAACAGCCAACGUUGCCAGCAGACGCCCGACUACUGCACCUGGUCACGGAUGUUGCAAACAUGCUCGCAUUGCUCAACACCGGCGUCAACUUCUUCUUGUACUGUUUCAUCAGCAAGCGCUUUCGCAGGAUGGCCGCCACGGUGCUAAAGGCUUUGUUCCGAUGUCGGAAACAGCCACCACAUUUUUACGCAAGUCACAAUUUCUCCAUCACCAGCAGCCCGUGGAUCUCACCAGCAAAUUCCCACUGCAUCAAGAUGCUGGUGUACCAGUACGAUAAGAACGGCAAGCCCGUCUGCAUAUCUUCUUGAACGCCAUAAUGUACACAGGCUAGUGAGUCUUCUGGCAAGCUCGAGGAGAAGUCUUGCCCAACCUCGGGAAGAAGGUUAGUGAUGGUGAGCAGAUGGCACCAACUGGGUUUUUGAAAGUGCCUCAAUAAGAAAUCCAGGUUCAGAGAUAUCUGAGGGGGUUUAAAGGCCAAGAAUGUGGUUCAGAGUCUUCUUAGGCAAAAACAAACCGGCCAGUAAGCGAUGGCGAUGCCUUUCAGGAUAUUAAUGCAAAAAAAGGUCUUGACGUCAAAAUCAACUUGUGACUCGUGCUCUAGGUGAAGACGACCAGUAUACCCAUCAAUACAUUUGAAGAUUUUGGAGUCUCCAGCAUGCUGUUUUUAGUUAAAUGCACACCAAAGCAACAUUCACUAAUGGAGAAAGAAAAUGGACAUGUCCUCAAUGACAUGUUACUGUAUGUGAACCAUCUUUAGACUCUCACCUUUCAAGACCUUUGUGACAUUAAAAAAACAAUGCUGGUCUCCAAGGGCCGAUCGCAAACAGCACAAGCUCUUAUUAAAGAAUCCUCCCUUUAGAUAUGCUCAGAUACUGCUUUGAUAUCGCUGUCUGAUGAAAAAUGAUGACACAACAUAAAUACACAGACUCUGCAUUAAAAGGCUUCUGGUGCAACUGACUGUUAAAUGUUAGAAUAAAGGCAAAAAAUACAUAGUGUUCAUGAUCUUUUCAACCAAUAUAGACUUUCAUUUUGUGGAAGGAUUUUCUUUCGAAAAAUAAUCAAGACUUUGUUACUCCUAGCACACAAACACAUCAACACACUUCUUUGUCCUUUGCAGCCCCAAGAAAAGAGAAAUGGGAUUGAAAGCACUUUCCAAAUAAAUCAAUCCCUUUCUCUGGAGUGAACUACUGGGGAAAACCACCUUCAUUUAUCUUCGCAGAGCCUGCCAUCCGGAGCGCUUUAACAGCGGGUCAUAUCAGAGACAUAUUUAAACUAUACACUACGUGUGCAUAGAUAAGGUCGACAACUUAAAUGUGUGGCCUCUGCUUAGACAAGGUCAGAAUCAGAACAAGAUUCAUUUAUCAAGUGCGCACACACACAAGGAAUACCCAGCAAGCAAUUAUGCAUUUAAAAGACAUCCAAACACCGCACAGAUGUCUAGGCUAAAACAAGGCAAAAUUUGCUGGCUGUUAGUGAAAAUUUAAAGGGGACAUUUCAUGAAAAUCUGACUUUUUUCAUGUUUAAGUGCUAUAAUUGGGUCCCCAGUGCUUCUAUCAACCUUGAAAAUGUGAAAAAAGAUCAACCCAGUAACUUAGUUUUGGUAAACCAUCCUCUGCAAGCAUGCGAAAAAUUAGGUCAUUGAAAUUUGGCUCCCCUUGAUGAUCUGCAAAGAUUUAUUUGACAUCUUAAAAAAGUCUUGUGAAAUGUCCCCUUUAAUAGAUAUCGAAUCAUAGCCCAAAAAUAAAUGAAAUAAAAUAAAUAAAUGAAACCAAACCCCUUGUAAUCACUGUUGACUUUAUAUCAUACAUAGCACAAGUUAUUUUAGCAAAAAUCCACGUAUUUUAGCAAAAACGUACGGAGCCCCUAAGGGGACAUGGAGAAAAAAUUAAAGGAACAGUAUGUAGGAUUGUGGCCAAAACUGGUAUUGCAAUCACACAACUGGUGGGUAAUACACAACAUGACAACAUAAACAUCAGUUGAGGGCUGCAACUCCACUUUUUAAAUGACAAUAUCCUGGCCGGACCACUGUUGUCAGUGAUAUAAGUAUUUGAAAUGAAAAUGAUUUCUUAAUGUCUAGUGACAUAUCAGGGCCAUUUUAUCAUUAAUUAAUAUAAAUUUCUUACAUACUGUUC